AUGACCAAUCAAAUAAAAAAAGGGCCAAAGCUGCCUGCCCAGCAGUUGGCAAUUCUAGCCGUUGCUAGGUUUGCCGAGCCCCUAGCCUUAACUUCCGUCUUCCCCUAUCUCCCAGAGAUGAUAGCCAGCUUUGGCGUUGAAAAGAACGACGUCGCAAAAUGGGCGGGCUUUACGGGAGCUAUCUUCUCCGUCGCUCAGAGUUGCACUGCUGUCGCCUGGGGGAGGGCCUCCGACAAGUUCGGCCGCAAGCCCAUCAUUCUUUCCGGUCUUGCCAGUACCAUGGUGUGCUUCCUGAUCUGGGGCAUGUCGACCAGCCUCCCGAUGGCCAUCGCCGUCCGUGCCAUUAUGGGAGGCGGCAAUGGCAAUGCAGAGAUGGUGCCAGAAAAGUCACUCCAGCCCAAAGCCUUCUCCCUCAUGCCUCUUGUGUGGAGUAUUGGUUCCGUUUUUGGUCCUGCCUUUGGCGGCUUCUUCGCCCGCCCUGCUGAGCAGUACCCCGGCCUCUUUGGUAACAUAGAGUACUUCAAGCGCUAUCCUUUCGUGUUGCCAAAUCUGAUGGCCUGCUUCGUGUUCUUUAUCUCUUUCAUGACAGGACUGAUGUUCCUUAAGGAAACACUCCACAGUAAACGCCACAGGCGCGACUGGGGUUUAGUGUUGGGCGAGAAACUAACCCGUUCCCUCAAACCAUCAAAGACGAAGGCUAAGCGGAGAAGACUGUCGUUUGUCGACGACGAGGCAUCAGCGCCCCUGCUAGCCGAGUCGGUCAUGUCUGGUUCCGAGCAGAGCGCCGCCAAGGAAGAUCCCGUCUCCAACAGCGAGAUCUUCACCGCCCAGACGAGCAUCAACCUCCUGUCGUACACCUUCCUAGCCCUACACGCCGUCGCCUACGACCAGGUCCUCCCCGUCUUCCUCAACUACCCGCGCGUAAUCCCCGACGAGACCAACACCCACCUCCCCUUCAAGUUCAAUGGCGGCUUCGGCCUCAGCUCCGACAAGAUCGGCACCAUCUACACCGUCUACGGCAUCGCCUGCGGUGUGGUACAAUUCCUCCUCUUCCCGACCCUGUGCGCCCGCUUCGGCGUGCUAAACUGCUACCGGACAGCGACCCUAAUCUUCCCCCUAAUCUACCUCCUCACCCCCUACACCGCGCUCAUCCAAGACACCACCACGCGCUACGCCGUCUUCCUGACCAUCAUGCUCGCCAAAGGCUUCGUCGUCAUCAUCGGCUUCCCCUGCACCACCAUCCUGCUCACCAACAGCGCCUCGUCGCUGCGCAUCCUCGGAACCCUCAACGGGUUCGCCACCACCUUCAGCGGGCUCGGCCGCGCCGUCGGCCCCGCCGCCGCUGGCGCCGUCUUCAGCUGGGGCGUGAAGGAGGGCUAUGCCAUUGCGCCGUGGUGGAUGCUGGCGUUGAUUGCGAUGGUGGGGGCCGUGCCGCCGUGGUUUAUUGUCGAGGGCGAUGGGCCGACGAGCAGCUUGGGGGCUGGUUCUGAAGGGGAAGAGGAGGAGGAGGAUGACGAGGAGGGGGGUGAGAGGGAGAGGGAGAGUUUGUUGAGGGGGAGGAGGGUGGUUUGUGAGAGUGAGGGGGGUGAGGAUGAUGAGAAUGGGGAUAUUGCGGUGUCGGACUCGGAAGGGGAGGAGGUUGUUAAGAAGAGGGGGAGAGCGAGGGGGUACGGGACUGUUAAUGGCGUGUCGAGGUGA